AUCACAUGAUCACUUAAGAUCUUGAAAACAUUAAAAAAAAAUUUAUUUCUUGUCAAUAUCUUGUGGAUUUAAGACCAAGUAGAAUGCUUAAAUUGUGCCUGACGGUGAUUUUAUUGGGUUGUGUAACCCAAAUCAAUUGCGAAAAUCUGCCCGUCUUUAUUUGGGGCCAGAAAACGCCGAGUUUUCUUCCAACUUUAAGCCACUUGAAUGGCGAUGAGUUUAUGACGUUGGUGAAAUCGCAAACAGAUAAGGAAACACUCACAGUUGUGUUUGUUGAAAAUAGUUUAUCAGUCGAGGAUUUGAGUCAAUGUAAACUUAAAACUGAAACUUGCUUCCAAAAUCUUCGCAAAAUUCAACAAAAAACUUACUUAACUGCUGUCGAUGAUCCCAUCAGAGCAUUAGAAUCAUCGUUUGGCAAACAAUCGCAAAAAACUCUUUCAUUGUCAAAUGACGGAGAUUUAAGUGAAAAACUUGAAACAUCUGGAAACGAAAAAAUUCUUUUCAUUUAUUUGGAUGAUGCUGAAAAUAACGAGGACUUUGCUAAGCAUGAUGAAUUGAUGAACAAUUUAUACAAUUUGAUUAUAUCGAAACGUGAAAAUGUCAUCGCAAUCUACACCGCACGUCAUCCUUCAUUUUCUUACUCGACUCCACUGAUUCGUAAGGCACGUGACACUGCUGAAACUUCUGCAACACUGCUCAAACCGGCUGCUAAGCAAUUAGAACAAGCACAACAUGUGAUUAGCACCAAUCCACACUUUUUAAUUGCAAUGAGUGAAAUUACUGUUGGAACAACACCAGUAGAUCCUACACUACUUGUUUUGACUCAAAAUGCAACAGCUGAAUUGAUGGAAGUGAGCUUAGUGUAUGAUACCCACAACUUUGGAAUGAGUAUUAAGUUGUCCGGUGGAACUUGGUACGUCUCACAAUUUACUUACAAUGGAAACCGAUUCCAUGAAUCAUAUCCAGUGACAGCAUCCUCUAGUAGAUCUUUUGGAUGCAUUGAGCUGCCAAUGAGUGACUUCAACACUAUCAUUACAUUCCACAACAUUCAAAUGCAGCCACUUUUCAAUCCUGUUGGUGACGAAAAGAUUGAACAUUUCGCUGACAGAGCUAAUGAAUGUAUUGGCUUCUUUUCACCAGCAAUUUGGGGCGCACUCUUCGUCGUCAUAAUUUUCGUGUUUAUUUUAUCCAUGGGAAUAACAAUGAUGAUGGACAUUCGCACGAUGGAUCGCUUUGAUGAUCCCAAAGGCAAAACAAUCACCAUCAAUUCUCAAGAAUAAAAAUUGAGGAUUUGUUGUUACAUAUUUAGUUAGUCGAAAGUGUGAUAAGUAAGGAAAGUUGUUGAUAAAUAAAAGUCACAAAAAAGAAAGUGAAAGUCACACGUAGAAUUGAAUGUUAUAUUUCUAUUCCGUUGAACAAUUUUCUUUCACAAAGCAGCAUAUCACAUAUCAAGAAUAAAUCAAUGAUUGCCACACGAUGGUGGUCCAGAAGAAAAUUUUCUUUUAGAAAAUCUUUUCGACAUUAAAAUUUUUUUUUCGAGAGCCAAUCAAAAUAUUCGAAAAGGAUUCGAAGACUCAAAUUUCAUGAAAAAAUUCGAAUAUUUUUCAAAUCCAUCCGUUCAACCCUCAAUCAAACUUUAACAAUUCAUUUCUCCACCCACACACAGUCAACAAAACGAUAUCGAUAUGAUAUUUGAUGAAG